AAAGCAACUUGCUACUACAAUUCAUCUCUUGUUAGUAUAGAGAGAUAAGAGGAAAACACUCCCUUCUUCCUUCUUUCUUUAAACCUUCAUCCAUUUCAUUUCAAUAAACUUUUUUCAACAGAAAAUGGCUGAAAAUGAAAUUGAGGAAAUGUUAGAUCACCUGAGAAGGAUCAAGAGUGGAGGUGAUCUGGAUAUUGAACAAAUUAAGAUACUUGAAAUGAUGCUAAGAGUUUUUAGAACCUUUAUAAAGUAUCAUCAUUUACUUUUGCCGGAUCUCUUAGUGGAGCUCACAAAAAAGGCAAAAUCAACUGUGAGAAUGCUUCCUUGGGUAUUUGAUGAGAUUCCAGAUGAAUGUAAAACUAACCUUAAUUUGGAAAGGCUAGAAACACAUUUGUUGGAAUUCUUUGAAAGUAAUACCAGUUCAAGUUACAGUUAUGAGUCGAAUGAUGUUGAUCUGUCGAAAUAUAUGGAUUGCCUCGGAAAGAAUCUAAAUGAUGUACUGAUGUACCUCCUGGAAAGGGGGUCUGACCCUCUUGAAGAAAACUUUACCAUACACCGAUUCAUAAAGCAAUUGAAAAUUGUUCAAAAGAAAAUGAGAUUUUUGAGACUCUUAUAUGCCACAGAGAUAAUUGGUUAUGCCAACCAAGAGAAGCUGGAAUGUUUGGAGACUCGAAUUCAGUUCAUGGCUAACAACGUGGAACACCUUUGUCUUGCUGUUGCUGUUGAUGAUGAGUUCAUCACAUAUGAGUAUGAUAACUUGAAUUAUAAACCUUCUUAUCUAUUAAGCUUGAUUGUGUUAGUGGAGCUGGAAAUGAAGAAGAUAUUUCUCAGUGAACUAAAGGCUUCAAAGUUUACUCAAUCAACAACUUUCAAGGACAAGAAAUUACCAAAAGGAUUUUCACAUCAUCUCCACAGUCUGCUGAUGUAUCUCAGAAACAAAAAGCUCGAGAACUUCCCUAAUAAUGUCUCUGCUCAAAAUAUUGAUGUGGUAAUAGACUUCUUAUUGGGUUUCCUGGAUCCUAAUGUGCCAAAUCAUGUUAUUAAUGGUAGCUGGUUGAAUGAGGUCUUGGUGAAGGUUGGAGAUAUAGCAGGUGAUGUUCUAUAUGUGAUUCAAAAGCUUCUUCCUAGCUCUAUAAAAAAAGAUGACACAAGCAAAAUAAGUCUCUGCUCAAUACAGAUACUGGAGAAAACUAAAGAUCUGAAGGCACAAGUGGAGACUUACUACAGAUCCUUAAAAUUUACUCCAUCUCAGUUCCCCACCUCUGGUGGUUUGAGCUUUCUGGAUUCUCUUUUAAGGAAACUGAAUGAGAUGUCGAAAUCUAAAUCUGGUUUGGAUUUCCCGAUGAAACCUCUUUUAGGUAAUUCGGAGAAAGAUCUAUCAUCUCUUACAUCCAUUUUAGAGAAGGAGCUGUCAUCAUUAUCAUCCAUUUUCAGAGAUGUCGCAAAGGUGCACCAUGAACAUAAAAUUCCUAAAGAUCUUCAGAGACGUACCAUCAAUUUGGCAUAUGAAGCUGAGGUUGCCAUUGACUCUAUUCUUGCUCAGUAUAAUGUGUUUUGGCAUAUUUUUUGCUCACUUCCUACAAUCUUAAAAGAGAUCAAGCAAAUUAAUGCGGAGGUGACUGAGAUGUGGUCGGUGGACGUUGCUCUUAAGGCUCACUAUGUGGUAGCGCCAUCUAAACAUCUACCAACUCGACACAGCAAUCCUGUAAAUGAUGAGGAGAUAGUGGGUUUUGAUAUAACAACAGAAAAACUAAUUCAGUAUCUGACUCGAGGGACAAGUGAGCUAGAUGUCAUCCCUAUUGUUGGGAUGGGGGGACAAGGUAAAACAACUUGUGCUAGAAAGUUGUAUAAUACUGACAUCAUUGUUUCUUGGUUCGAUGUUCGAGCAUGGUGCAUCGUUUCCCAAACAUAUAAUCGGAGAGAGCUAUUACAAGAUAUUUUUAGUCAAGUUACCGGUUGCGAGGACAAGGGAGAUAAGGAUGAUGUUCUUGCCGACAUGUUGAGGAAACACUUAAUAGGAAAGAGAUACCUCAUUGUAUUGGAUGAUAUGUGGGAUUGUAUGGCAUGGGAUGACUUAAGGCUUUAUUUUCCAGAUGUUGGAAAUAGAAGCAGAAUUGUAGUAACAACUCGACUUGAGAAAGUGGGUGAGCAAGUCAAGUACCAUACUGAUCCUUAUUCUCUUCCAUUCCUCACAACAGAAGAGAGUUGCCAAUUGUUGCAGAAAAGAGUGUUUCAAAAGGAAGAUUGCCCGCCUGAACUACAAGAUGUGAGUCAAGCAGUUGCUGAAAAAUGCAAAGGAUUGCCUCUAGUGGUUGUCUUGGUAGCUGGAAUUAUCAAAAAAAGGAAAAUGGAAGAAUCUUGGUGGAAUGAGGUGAAAGAUGCUUUAUUUGACUAUCUUGAUCGUGAGUCCGAAGAAUAUACUCGGGCAACUAUGCAGUUGAGUUUUGAUAACUUACCAGAUUGUUUAAAGCUUUGCCUUCUUUAUAUGGGAAUGUUUCCAGAGGACACAAGAAUUCCAGCGUCUAAAUUGAUAUGUCUAUGGACUGCGGAAGGAUUCGUGCAAGACAUUGAAUCUGGUGAAGAUUACUUGAUGGAUCUCAUUAGCAGUAACGUGAUACUGGUUUCAAAGAGAAGUUAUAAUGGUAAAGUCAAAUACUGUCAGGUUCAUGAUGUAGUGCUUCACUUUUGCUUGGAGAAGAGUAGAGAAGAAAAGUUUAUGCUGGCAGUGAAGGGGCAUGCUAGCCAGUUUCAACCUUUGGAUUGGAAGGGAAGUCGAGUGAGCUUCACUAGUUUCAGUGAAGAGCUUUCCUCCAAGUUUGCAUCUCUGGGCUCCAAAACAGCAAAGCCUUUCCACCUACCCUUGAGGUCACUGAUAACGACCAAUCGAGGAAACACUUUUGAUGAGAUUCCCUUCUGUCAGAUUAGUGAAUUGAGACUUCUUAAGGUCUUGGAUUUGAGUUCUCAUUUUGUGGAUACUUUGUCGUCAGCUACUUUCAAACCACUAAAUCUCCUGAAGUACCUCGCGGUUCGGGCAGAUAAAUUUGAGUUUCAUCCAGAAUCACAUCUGCCCUGUCUAGAAACUUUAGUUGUGACUAGUAUGGAUCAGGUACUAUUACCAGUGUCUUUUUGGGAAAUGGAAAAAUUAAGGCAUGUUGAGAUCGUUGUAGCUGAAUUUGAUUUGGAAGAGGAUAAGCAUGGGAUCUUUGAGGGAUCCUCUAAAUUGGAAAAUUUGAGGACAUUAGGGAGUGUUGGAUUUCCAUUUGAGGAAGUUGAUAGGGUGGAUGUGUUAUCAACGAGGUGUCCUAAUCUUCAAGAACUUGCAAUCAGCUUUUUGGGAGAUCAUGAUUCUGCAGAGCCUUUUUGUCUCACAUUGGAAAAUCUUACCCAGCUUCAAAUACUUGGUCUUUUCUUUUAUUUUCCCAUGAUUAUAUCAGGGUUACAGCUGCCUUCAAAUUUAAAGAAGUUGGUACUAUUAGGGAGUCAUAUGGAAAGCGCUAUUCCCUUCAUUGCGGGACUACCAAGCCUGGAGUAUCUCAGAUUAGAAGAUUUGGAAUCUAUUGAAUUAAAAGAGUGGUGCCUUGGAGAUAUUACUUUCCAUAAACUUAAGUUGUUGAAACUGGUGAACUUGGAUAUCUCAAGGUGGGAUGCCUCGGAGGAAUCCUUUCCCCUGCUUGAAACACUUGUUAUACAAAAUUGUUGCAAGCUGGAGGAGAUCCCCCUUAGCUUUGCAGAUAUUCCAACACUGAAACAGAUUAAGUUGAUGUGGUGCGACAACAAAGCUCUUGAGGCUUCAGCUGUGAGAAUUAAGGAAGAAGUCGAAGCUAUUGAAGGAUGCGACCGUAUUGACAUCACUGCCCAAGAUAAUUGUGCAGGGAAUAUAAGGCGGCUGUGAACCAAGUAUGUGCCUGUCAACAAUGGUAUUGUUUUUAUGUUAAUUGAGCUCUCAAACUCAUGAGGAUUUGUUUGAAUUUGACUACUGCAGCAAAAGCACAGACAGUCUAUUGUGCGGCUUGCUGAAACGCCCAUGCAUCCUCUUAUAUUGUAACACUAGUAUCGAUUGCUAAGUUUGUUUUCAUUGAUCAACUCUGUUUAUGUAUGAUUCGAGACCAAUAUAUAUAUCAGAUGGUCUUUUACUGUUC